AUGCCUGAUCAGGACAAAAAGCUGAAGAGCACAGAAAAAGCAAUAAAAAAAAAGCCUCCUGGGAUCUCUAUGAGGGAUAAUUCUCAUCUAAAGAGGCUUCAGUCUCUCUUCAUUGUUCAGUCAAGGAACCAACAGCUUCCAGCUAUAUAUAUUGAAAGUGGUCAAACCAGUGUGACAAGAACUUGGCAAAAUGUCAAAAGCAAUGAACAGAAGUCCAAUGGUCAAUGGCAAGAAUCUGUUGAGCUUGAAAAAUUUAGUGUGACCUACAAGAAUGAGAGAAAUUUCAGCAAGCAUCCCAAGCGUCAGCUGUUUCAAGAUAUCUUUACAACUUUAGUUAAGGACAGACUUACCUGCAGGCAAUGGGUUAUUCAAGCCCCAUGCAUCCAUUUUCUUAGAUUAUUAAUCUGCCUGAGAUUAUUAAUAAAGGAUCCAUGCUACCAGGAAAUGCUCCACAGUCUGGGUGAAAUUGAAAAUCUAGCUCAGUAUAUGGAAACAGUAGCAAAUCGUUACCUUAGUUACAGAGAAGAGCAGCAUAAUGUGGACAAGUUGGUCAACAUGACAUAUAUUUUCCAAAAGCUUGCUUCUGUUAGAAAUCAAAGAGAAUGAGUUAUAGCAAAUGGAGCACAUAAAACCUUAGUAAAUUUAUUAUUUGCCAGAGAGAGUCAUGUGUUUUUUGGUGCCCUCCUUGCUCUGACUAGCUGAAUAGAAUGUCCAGAAUGUAGGGAGGAGAUAAGUGAGAUUGUUGAGAACUUGCUGGUGAUAUUACAUGAAUAUAUUAUGUUUUCAGAGCCGAGAUUUCUCUUCAGUAUGGAAAGAAAUUGACAUAUUUUUGAAAGAAUUUUCCCUACUGACUUGUUUGAAAUCCUCAUUGAUAUUGGACAUUAUGUGUAUUAUAUCAGCGCUUAUGAAGGGUUGGUAUUAAAGCUAAAUUCAUUAAAGGAGGACAUAUUGAAGCAAAUCACUGAAAGUGUUGAGAACAGGAAUAAGGCACCCACAAAACAUGUAGGAUAUUAUGCAAUUUUAGAGCACAUUGGCAGUGGAGUUUUUGGAAGUGUAUAUAAGUUGAGGAAAAACUCAAACAAAAAAGAGUAGAACUAGAUUAAGGUGUAUCUACCUAUACAAACACAAUUUUUAAAGACUAAAAAAACCCAGCUUUUAAAAUACAUUUUUUACCUCAAAUACUCUAUUUUAAAAUUAUUUCUGUAUAAAUACAAUGUCUAUUAAUUUCUUUUAUGAGAUGACAGAUUGUAUAUAGUGAUGGAGCUCAUGGAGGGGCUGCCAUUGGGACAAUACUUUCACUCUUUGAAGGAAAAGCAACAGCAGUUUACAGAAGACGGAAUAUAGCAUAUCUUUGUCUGACUUUGUCUAGCUCUUCGUUAUUUGCAAAAGAGGAUUGUUCAUUGAGAUCUCACUUCACAGAAUGUCAUAUUGGGGGAUAAAUGCAAAGUUACACUUACUAGCUCUUUAAAGUUGUGUGUUGUUGCAAAUGUAAACAGACAUUUACAAUCUGAUCCUAGCCGAGCUGUAGUAGGGGCUAUGUAUGAACCUGUGCCAGAAGGACUGUACUCUGAAAAAGUCUCAUUUACCAUUAAGAGCUGCUUGACUCCUGAUGCAGAGGCAUGUCCAGACAUAGUGGAAGUCAGCUCACUGCUGCCUGAUGUGAUGAUGAAACAUCUGGAUGUUUUGUCCACCUUUCAUCUCAUGCUGGAGAAGAAACUGGAUUGGGAGAGGAGAUGAAUCCAGUAGUACUUCAUGGAGGCUAACUGAAAUGCAGUAACUUAUUGCCAUCAACAUUCCAUUUUAUCACAAAAAAAUGAUGAGAAGUUGAGUCUGCAUUUUAGCAGCAGUGGAGCAACCAGUUGCAAAAGUGAAUUUUCAGAAAAUACUGACCUUCCAGUUGACAGUUGUCAGUCUGCACAUGGAAAAGGUGAGGAAAGAACAUAUGAAACAAUCCUGGUAGAGGAUAACAGGACUAUGGAGAAAGGUAUUUCUCUGAAUGACAAUGAGAUAGACAUAGUGGACAAUUCAAGCAGCUCCAGUUCAAGUAAUUUUAGAGUCUGCUCUUGUUUUAGUGCUUCUGAAAGACAGCCUCAGAUAAGAGAUUAUGUUGACGGUUCUGGAUCGAGACUGUGAUCAGCGGUGGCAGGAAUUGCUGUAUCACAAAGGAAGGUGCAUCAGAUCAGUGACCCUGUUCAGCAGGUUCUUGUUCAGCUGCACAAAAUUAUCUUCAGCACUCAAGCUUCCUCCACCUGUGCAUGCAACUUGAAAAGCAGAAUCAUUGAGAGAUUCAAGUAGUCCCUCUUCAGCCAGCAGAACAAUCCUUGUAAACUGAAAUUAGAAAUCAAAAAGGUGUGCAGACUGGCAGGUGGACAUAUAUUGCUUCCAGAUGAUAAUAAAGGCAUUCUUGGCACUUCUGGCAUGGCAGAAGGGAUGACAUAUGAGCAGUUGCAGACUCUAAUUGAAGAGGUUCUAGAGGAAAGUGGUUAUUACAGUUUCUCUUCUUACAGGUAUCUCUACUGUCCUGAAGGGAACAAAGAACUACCCAGCAAAAGAAGAGAGCGUGAGGUUCUAAACAAAAGGCUUGGAAUUGUUCCUAAUGAAGUCAACCUGCCUGUACUUCAGCAGAGGAUGAUUACCAAGGGUCAAGCUUUGCUCAUUGAAUUGCAUACCAAUGUGAAACAGCUUCAAAGAACUCUGAAGAGUGGCCUUUUAGCUUUUGUUAUGGCUUACCAGUUUUCCAUCACAAGCUGCAAGAAGCAAUACCUGGCCCAGGGGGCCAGGACAAAGACAAUACCUCAGCAGAUGAGGAUGGAUCUUGAGGCUGAGAGUGUGCCUCUGCAGUGGAUUGAACUUGGCAGUGCUACAAAUAAUACAGUUUCUGUUGGAGAGUCUGUGUUCACAGAGAAGGAUGACAAGAUCUGUAAGGAGGAGAGAGCAGCUCUGAGACAGCCCAGAUACUACCCAGCUACCAGCCCGGAUAAGGUCCUAAUCAAUGCACCAAAUCUGUAA